AAAGCCAAAAGAAAAAAGAAAAAAACAUACAACAGCCGGUGUUCGCCAGUGGUCACCCACCUGACUACUAAUCUGCCGGUUAGCGGCUUAUCUAUGGGGGAGCAGACGGGACCCCGAGUUUUCCGCUACCUAUGGUCGUAUGUGCUAGAGAAACUGAGGCGAGAACUUAUAUAG